ACAGCUUGACUCCACCUACAUUUCUUAGCUCACCUUCUCCUCGUAUACAGUACAGUGUGGUCACUUGGACCCCCACAAACCUCGACCGCAUCUUGCUUUUAGCCCACCCAGUUUGGGGCAACCGCAACACACCCGGCCCAUCAGCCACAGACCGCCCGUUCCCGAUCCUCCGACUUCCCCGGGUUUUAGACUUGCUUUAUUCGGACACAGCGACUGGGCCAGAUUUGGGGGACUAUGGCUUCAACGUCUUUCCGGGACUCGAUCAACUCGCUCGGUUGGUCGCGCCGCGAUGCGGAUCUCCCAGUGAACACGUCGCGACAGAGCGGCUUCUUGUCGUCUCUCAAAUCCCUAAAUCCCUUUGGCGACCGCGGCUAUGUCCAGCUCCCGACUACUGAAGGACCAGGCGCACCUCUUCCGGCGCCCAGCCGCCGAGAGGAAGAAGAGGGGUGGUUUGCCUUGAGUCGGUGGGAUCGUCUGCUGAUCUUUGGUGCCUGCAACCUCGCCGCGCUUGCUUGCUUUGUCAUUUGCUUCUUCCUCUUCCCAGUUAUCGGCCUUGCGCAGCCGCGCAAGCUUGUGGUGCUAUGGACGUUAGGCUCGGUCCUUUUUCUUGCGUCCUUUGCCGCGAUGAUGGGCCCUUGGGCUUACUUGCAACAUCUCGCUUCGACACCACGGCUGCCUUUCACUGCUGCCUACUUCGGCUCCUUAGGAUUGACCUUGUACUUCUCCAUCGGCCUACACAGCACGCUCCUUACAAUUCCUGCUGGCCUUAUCCAAUUAGGUUGUCUAAUAUGGUAUCUCGUGAGUUAUUUCCCAAUGGGCUCCAGCGGAUUGCGCCUGGUCAGCACCUUUGGGGCUCGGAGGGCAGCGGCUUGGAUGACUGGGUAAUAGAACACACCAAGAUGGACGUCUGGUCUUGUACAAUAAGUAUACACCAAGCUCCAGUUUCACGUCCUCUUGAUUUCGCUGUUUCUCAACUUAAGGAUGUGUCUGCAUG